AUGCUGCAGGACUGGUGCAGGUGGAUGGGUGUGAAUGCACAGCGCUCGCUGCUCCUUCUGGGCAUCCCAGAAGACUGCGAGGAGGACGAGUUCCAGGAGGCUGUGCGGGCUGCCUUAAUGCCCCUGGGCAGGUACCGCGUGCUGGGCAAAGUCUUCAGAAAGGAACUGGGGACCAAGGUCGCCUUGGUCGAAUUCGCUGACUACUUAAACCGAAGCUUGAUCCCGCAACAGAUACCAGGCAAAGGGGGGCCCUGGAGGGUGAUCUGCCUGCCCCAGGUUCCUGAUGUCGAGCUACAGGAGAGACUCACUUUCCCUGUACAGCCCCAGGAGCAAGAAGUGGCUGGUGGGGCAGGUGAGGUAGGAGCUGCAGGUGAUGCAGGAAUUGCAGGUGAGGCAGGAGCUGCAGGUGAGGCAGUAGCUGCAGGUGAGGCAGGAGCCCCAGACGAGGCAGGAGCCCCAGGAGAGGCAGGAGAUGCUGGUGAGGUAGGAGCUGCAGGUGAUGCAGGAAUUGCAGGUGAGGCAGAAGCCCCAGGUGAGGCUGAAGUCGCAGGUGAGGCAGGGGUCCUAGGUGAGCCAGGAGGCCCAGGUGAGCUAGGAGGCCCAGGUGAUGCAGGAGUUGCAGGUGAGGCAGGGGCUGCAGGUGAGGCAGGAUAUGAAGAUGUGGCUGAAGCUGCAGGUGAGGCAGGAGCUGCAGGUGAGGCCGACACCUGGGCGCAGCAGUGGAGGCACGCCCUACAGCCCAUGCUGGAGAGCCUGGCCUACCAGGAACUGAGACCCUUUUCGGGGCGAGAAGAGCCAGGCCCCGGGGAAGAGCCCUUUGAGGGCUGGCUGGACCACGCCUACGACAUGCUGUACCUGUGGCGCCACGUGUCGGAGAGGGAGAAGAGGAGGAGGCUGGUGGAGUGCCUGAGCGGCCCGGCCCUGGACCUCCUGUGUGGCCUCCUGGCAGAAGACCCCGGCCUCCCCGCGCAGGACUGCCUGGUGGCCCUGGUGCAGGUGUUUGGGACCCAGGACACGCGCAUGACCGCGCGGCUCAAGUUCCUCACCUGCGCCCAGGAGCCUGGGGAGAGCCUGUUUGCCUAUGUGAUGCGCCAGGAAGGCCUGCUGCAGACGGCCAUGGAGAAGGGGGCGGUGCACCCGGCCAUCGCGGACCAGGUGCGUGUGCGGCAGGUGCUGAUGCGGGCUCAGCCCAAUCGCACGCUGUACAGCAAGCUGAGGAGGAUGCGUAUGGAGGGGCGGCCUCCUGGCUUCAUGGCGCUGCUAGGGCUCGUUCAGGAGACCGAGGCAUGGGAGGCUGCCCAGGCCAGGAGGGAGCCAUCCCAGGUGGAGGAAGGGGCCCACGCAGCCGGUGGAGCCCCAGCCAUCAUCCAGGCUGACCCAGGCAAUGAAGAGGCUGUCGGGGAGGCAUCAGGCAGUGAACAUGCUGCCAAGGCCACCACAGCCAAGGAAGAUGCCGGCCAGGCCAUCCCGGCCAAUGAAGAUGCCACCGAGACCACUGUAGCCAAUGAAGACGCCGCCGAAGCCGCCCCAGCCAGUGAAGGCGCCGCCCGGGCCGUCCCGGCCUGUGAAGAUUCCGCGGAGGCUGCCCCAGGCAGUGAAGAGGCCAGUGAGGCUGUUCACGACACUGAAGACACCUCUGAGGCUGCUCCAGGAGCCGAUGCUGCUGUAAAGGGCGCCCCUGUGACUCAGGAAGAUGAAAGCGCUCCCGCCCCAGCUCAGGUGGGCAGUGCUCCCGGGGCAGGCCCGGGAGGUCCAGGCAUGUUGUUCUCUGCCUGUCCCGUGGGGUCACGGGACAAGGCCAUGCCCCAGCGACCUGCUAGAUUCCCACCAAGUGCCCAUACUGUGUGCGCCUGCGCGCGUGUGCGGCUCCACGAGCCUGUGGCCGUCGUGUAUGCGCCUGCGCGCACCGCCAUUUCCUCAGCCGCGGGCUCGGCGCAGUGUCCGCCCGGAAAUGCGACGCCUCAUGUGGCGAACAAGGACGAAGAGAAUACUAACCUCACAGGACGCUGGGCACAGUGGGUGAGCGGGCAGGAGCACCCAGACCAGCAGAGCCUCUGCCUGGAGGGUGGUCACUUUCUCUCUCCUUAUGCUUCCAUCUGGGACCUGACCGACAGAGCAGAAUCCACAGCAGGGGAAGGCAGGUCCAAGGGGUUGGGCUCCAAGAGGAGGAAGGAACUUCCCAGGACGCGGGACCUGCAGGGCACACCGGGAAAGGCCCAGGCAAACCCGGAAGCUUGGUCACCCUCCUUGGGGCUGGCCACUGACCUCGGGCAGCCUCAGACGCUUGAGAGAAUCACCUUGGCCCGUGCCCACAGAGGCCAAGGCUUGCUGUCCACACGGGCUGGGCGGACAUCCUGGGUCACACACUCUGUGGAUGUGUCUGUACCCGUGGGCACGUGGGUCGGCUCCACUGAAUCCCACCUAGACCAGGUACUCCUCACAUGGGACAGCUACAGGAGCACACGUGGACGGGGACAACGGAGACGGGCAGGGAAGGCAGGGGAAGGAGCCCCAGAGCGCCCCAGCUCUGCCGCGGCCCAGAACGCAGCGCUGGCGGGUGCCACUCGCGGACUCCCCGGGGAGCGGACCCGUGGCCACGUCUGUGCCCCAGGGGACGUCUCGGGCGGUGCGGGGUCCGAAGCCGAGCGGCGCAGAGGGACGGCCUCGCCUGGGCCAGCGCCCCCUGCGGGAGAGGGCCGAGACCGCGGCGAGCAGGCGCGGGGGCCACGUGCCACGCUGCGGCGGGCCGGACCCGAGAGGGUCGCAGGGCCGACAGACCCACCGACCGAGCAAGACCGCGCCGCCCCCGCGUCCCUCCUGCCGGGAAGGCGCAGCCCAGAGAAGGCCGCGGAGCCGGGCCUCUGGGAGUUGGCCCAGAUUAAGCGCAUCCCGCACUGA